AUGGACGUAUUGCACAACCUCCACGCUUCACACCAAGGUCUAGUGCGUACUAAGUCUUGUGCGCCUCAGCUUGUAUACUGGUCCGGUAUCACCAAGGACAUUGAUACACUCGUUCGUUCCGGUCCUGCUUGCCGCGAACACCAGUCUUCCCAGCCAGCUGAGCCCCUGCUGAACGACCGCACCCCGACACUACCGUUUGAAUGUACAUCUGCGGAUUUGUUCACUUGUCAAGGUCACGACUUCCUUGUGUAUGCAGAUCGCUUGACCGGCUGGCCCUCUGUUGCUCGUACUGCCCGCACCACCUCAUCGCACGACGUGAUACUAGCAUUCCGUCGCUGGUUCUCUGAUGGUGGUAUUCCUGCUGUGCUAAGUACAGAUGGUGGUCCCCAGUUCUCCUCGCAUAAGUUUGCUGCGUUUUGUAAGCGCUGGCAGGUAAACCAUGUCAUGUCCUCUCCCCACUACCCACAGAGUAAUGGGCACGCCGAAGCUGCUGUCAAAGCCAUGAAGCGUCUAAUCACCAAGACAACUGUGAAUGGCAAUCUUGACACAGAUGACUUCCGCCGAGGGCUACUGGAAAGGCGAAACACACCUGGCUCCUCAGAGCCCCACUGA